UAAUCACAUUGGUAUUGUGCAACGGAUUUCCAGACAGCUGUCUGCAUGUGGUGGUUAUACAUUAGUCCUGAUGGCAUCUGUGUAGAUCAGUGUUGGAGGUGACAGGUCCCCAAAGCCGUUUGUUAUGUUAUUCGCCCUGGACGUGCUAUACCGGGAAUAGUGGAGGCCGACACGUCCAUAUCGGUUCGCCGUCAUCGAUCUGUGUAUAACAGAUUUGGUAUUAUGGUAAGCAAGAAGACCAUUGUCGCUUUGGUAGAUCCAGAAGAGAGGAACUGAGCCACUGAACUACACAUUAAGCUGUCAACGCUUAGUAAGAGGAUAACGACUCAGUAUACGACUGAUGCUUCACAGCCAUGUUGUCACCAAUGAUGUUUGUUUUUGUCUGCGGUUAUGUGUCUGUACAGGCACAACCCAGAAACUCCACAGGUGAGUUCCGUCUCUACAAUGACAUUAUCUGGAACAACAACCCAUACGAAAGGCCCAUAUACAACAAAUCGAGAAAUGUUCCGGUUCAAUUUGACUUUCAUCUACGUACUGUGAGCCGAUACAUUGAAUCUCAACAACAACUCGUAUGCACAGGCUGGUUUACCGUGACGUGGAAGGAUCAGUUUCUUACCUGGGAUUCGGAGAUGUAUGAUGGACUUGAGUUCAUCAGGCCUCCAGAUAGCUACGUCUGGAAACCGGAUAUUGUUGUGGCCAACUCCUUCCAACAACUGGACCGCCUAGGGGGAGAUUUCGUGUCUUUGAAAGUUUUCUCUAAUGGACGCGUGCAGUGGAUGCCAGGAGACUUAUUCUACCUCCCGUGUAGUGUGGACGUUCAGCUGUACCCAUUUGAUAGCCUGACGUGUACAAUGGAGCUGGUUGUCUGGUCCCACUCAGUCACAGAAGUUUACCUGAAGCCACUUAAAUCUCUUGCUGGAGUAUCUAGUUCGAAAAUACGGGGGCAAUGGAGUUUGACGUCAACAUCUAUCAAGUCGAAGGAAAAAAGUUUGGACAACAGAAAUGUGUCUAGUAUAAUAAUUACUCUCGUUUUGGAAAGACUCCCAACCAACUUUGUCUUCAACUUCAUGAUUCCCGUCAUGAUUCUGUCCCUUUUAGGGACGUUUGUGUUCCUCAUUCCAGCAGAUUCAGGAGAAAAGAUAUCCUUUGCCAUCACUAUUCCUCUUUCAUAUGGCGUUUACAUGGGAUUUCUGACAAACAUGGUACCACAGAGCUCCGACGGAGUGUCCACUUUUAUUAUAUUCCUUGGAAUCACGUUAUCGCUGUCUGCACUAUUCGUUAUCCUGAGCAUCUUCAGCGUCAGAAUCUCGGGACGCAGUAAUUCAAGACCCGUUCCUAAACCAUUCCAAAGAUUCACCAUCUGGGUUGAACAUGCUAAACACUGUGGGCGACACAGGAAGACGAAAACAAGCCAUGUUGCUAAGGUCACGGAACAAUCAGAUGAUGACGAGACUAAGGAACAUACUCAAGUAAUAACUUGGAAGCGAGUGAGCAAGGCACUGGAUCUGUUUUUCUUCUGGGUGUUGUGUGUACCUUUGUUGAUAGCCAUUCCGGUAAUGUUGCUGUGCACAGCUUUCCCAUUGUGA